CCAGACCAGACAGCAGACGAGAGUGGACUAGUAUCAGAUUUACCGACAGCAAUAUGUGGAAACUACUGGUCAUCGCUGUUGUUUGUGUGCAGCUGUGCUGUGCACAGUACCCGAGGUACCUUCGGUUCCCGGUUGGUAGAGAUGACGACACCAAAUGUCAUGACAGCAACAUUGACAAGGAGUUCAACAUAGGCGACGUAUGGAGCUCCCCCUUCUCUGGCUGUAAACAGAGUCACUGCGUCAAGGAGGAGGGCGUUCUCUACAUUGACAGAUUCCAGUGUCCGCAGGUUAAAAAGCAGGUGGACUUUAAGAAGCUACAGGCCGACAACUUGUUCUGCCGCGAAGCUCGGGGAGACAGGAGGAAGGAGUUUCCCGAAUGCUGUGCCCGCCUUGUCUGUAAACACUACGUGGACGGGAAACUUGUGCCGCUGCCGGCGCACAAAUAUCCCCUGCUCUAAUGAAUGUUCAGAUGAGACUAGGAUUGCAGUUGUGGUUGCCAAAGAAGCUAUAAAGAAGGAAAGAAGCUUCAGUUGUAAGCUUUAUUAAUAUGUGAUAUUAAGUGUUAAUUUAGCAAAAAGAUGUACGGUCGCGCGUAUUAAUAGCGCUGCAUCUAGCGACCGAGUUGCCCAACGCUUUAAACACCCUGAUCUCGUGUCUAAACAAUUUACUGAUUUUCACCUUUCAUUUGGCGGUGAUGUGGUGUCAGCAAGUUACAAUCGAUGUAUAAUAAUUGUUUAUGUAAGUUGGCAAUGCACGCUAUUGGCUCAUAUAAUCGCGCAUCAUGAAAAAUACAUAUAGAUUUG